AUGAUGUCAGCACGCCAAGCGUUCUGUGUUCUCACUAUUGCACUGUGUUGUGUCUGCAGUUAUGUAGUAGCUGCUGAUAAAGGUCAAGAUCUUGAGGAUAAACCUGAGGAAAUUCCUCCAGGAGGUCCACCUGCUUCUGGUGUUGUGCUUCCUGCAUCUUCUCCCUGUCCACCUGAUCCACCUGGUGGGGAUGGUAAUUCUCAGUGUUUAGAAAGUGGUGGUGGUAGAGGUAAUGAUGAUCAUUUUAACCCUGGUCCACGACAGGAACUUGAAAAGCUGCUUAGUCGAGUGAUCAACACAAAUGGAGACCAUCGAGAAGAGGGAAGUGUUAGUAGCGGUACGAAAAAUGAACUCACCGAACCAGGAACGGAAGAAGAACAAGUCCAAGAAGACACAGGUAAUCAUGACAAAAAGCCAGGUGUCGAUACUGAAACACCUGGUGUUCCUACUUCUUCUGAAGAGCGUCGAGGUGUUGGUGUUGAAAUUCUUUCUCCAUCACGUGAGGCUGGACCAGGUGGUAAUGUUCACACCGAGAAUGAAGAAGGAGCGUCGGUUCCUGAGGUACGGGAAGAGGAUGGCUCUACAGCUGAUGGACGAGGGAAGGGAAGCCAAACUGCUGCUGAGAAAACAGAAGAGCAAAAGGAAUCUCACCCACAAGGAGAGAGGACUGAGAAUGCAGGGAGAACUGAAGCAUCUUCAACUAAUGAAGUGGGCACUACAGGGAAUGAAGAGAAUAACGUGAAUCAACAAGCAGAGGGAAAUGGUGUUCAGUCUACUUCAGAAACUUCACCUCCACCUACAGAAGGUGAUGCAAUGAGGGACAAUGUCAACACAACCAGUAAUGAAGAAUCAACUACCACCACCACCAACACAACCACAACAACAACACUUCCUCCUGAACUCACAAACAACAAGAAGGGUGAUGCAGACAGCAGCAGCAGUAUCAGCAGUUCUGUGUGGGUGCGUGUACCACUACUGAUUGUGGUUACACUGUCCUGUAUUCUUGUGUGCUGA